GGCUUUUUCUCUCCCGUCGUACUUUUGUCGCGCUGCAAGAAUGCCUCUGGCGAUAGGUCUUGGUGAUGGACAUGACAGCGGUGUGGAGGUGGAGGAUGACGAUCUCCUGUACGACGAUGGCGGGAGUUCGUUCAUCAACAGUUCCGGGCUCAGUUCCACGACCUCGCUAGCCUCCAGUAUUAAGAAUUAUCAAUAUGAAAACGGUCGUCGGUAUCACGGAUUUAAAGAGGGCAUCUACACCAUGCCAAACGAUGAGCAAGAACAAUCUCGUCUCGAGCUCCAUCACCACAUCCAUCGAUUGAAACUUGACGGUCAUUUGUAUCGCUCGCCCAUACGCCGAGGUGUCUCCUCAAUCUUGGACCUGGGAACUGGCACCGGGACUUGGGCAGUUGAAGUGGCAGAUAUGUUUCCAGAAGCCCAAGUGAUAGGGAAUGACCUCAGUCCAAUCCAGUCUCCCUGGGUUCCUCCCAACCUGAGCUUCGAGAUUGAUGAUUUCGAAUCCGACUGGACCCACGAAAUCCAGUUUGACUUUAUUCACGCCCGCGAUCUUCAAGGCUCCGUGUCGAAUUACGAUCGGCUCGUCAACCAGGCAUACGAUCAUCUGAAUCCCGGUGGAUGGUUUGAGUUUGCCGAGGUCGACCUGAUUGUGUGCGGUGACGACGACACCAUCCACCGAGCGAAGGCCCUGCAGGAGACAACUCGACUUGUGAAGGAGGCCAGUGCCAAAAUGGGCAGAGUUAUGGGCACGGCGACAGAGCACAGACGGCGUCUCGCAAACGCAGGCUUCGUCAACAUCAGGGAAGAUAUUUAUAAGAUGCCUUGGUCGCCAUGGCCCAAAGAUCCGAAAUUGAAGGAGCUCGGCAAGUAUUAUCAGGUCAACAUGUUGGAGUCACUCGAUGCGUACAGCCUGGCACUUUUAACGCGAGUGCUGAAUUGGCCUGUCGAGGACGUUCAUGUGCUGCUUGAUGCCGCCCGCGCAGAGCUUUUAGAUCGGAGCAUUCAUACUUAUGCGAAGUGGUUUCACGUCUAUGGUCAAAAGCCUAGGAAUGUGUGACUUUUCUAUGUUUCCCAGCGUUUUAGCCUCUGUAAUUAGUUUCGUUUUGGCUAUCUUAUGCUACUUUGAUG